AUGAUCCGAUACCAGCCCACUCGGAUAACCCUCGGGGACGGAGACCUGCGCUAUCACCUCCAGCGGCUUCUCAACCGCCAUAGUCGCCUGACGGAAUGGCACCAACACGAUCAAUUCCUGAAUGACAGCAGCUUUGAUGGUGGCGAGGACGAUGCCUUUCUUGAGUCCGACUCGGACCUCUUCUCCGCACCGUCCGUGUCGCCGCCAGAUUCUAUCUGUUAUUCGGCUCCAGACGAGGCUUUUGAAGACGGCUCGUCACCGCGUGGCAGAGGAGGAGGAGACCAUAACACCAGGACUGAGUGCCCACCAGAGGCAUCCACUUCCCCUUCGUCGACAAAAGGCACAGGCUCGCCGGUCAUUGUUCAGCCAUCCGCUUUGUCAUUAGAGACGGCAAGGUCCGCUGAGAAAAAUGUGGAUGUGCACGAGCCGCUAGACACUCGUGCUGUGCUUCUCACCAACCUUCUCACCGAUCUAUUGCUCGAGAAACAGCCAACGCAGCAGUCAGUGGAACUGAAUCGGACCCAUACGAACCUGGACGCAGCAGACGAAGAACGUGGCACAAAAUCUGAUAUCGAGAAUCAUCCACACAAAGAGGAGUUCAGAAGCACAUCGAUCACAGACACAAUGGUCGAUGGUGGCAAGACCAAGUUGCAAUCCUCAAAAAAAUCAACACGCGGCCAGCGGGCCAGUAACCUCUUGGGUGAUGUUGUGCCGAGCUGUGACAGUUGCGCGGGGGGAGCCCACAAUCCCACACCUCUAGAUGAUAAGGCAACUUCCGUCACUGAAUCGCAGCAUGAUUCUCGUUCACAUUCUCGAUUGACAGAAGCACGCUUGCACGGUUGUCCGGUUGACAAUGGUGGCGCUAAGAAUACCCAACGUCCAACCAAGCUGGUGAAACUGAAAGGAAUCAACCUUGCUGUUAUUGACAAGCUGUCACCCAGUGCCCAGACAGACAUAGGCCAAUCGCUCCGAGUGCCAGACCGAGAUCCUGGAACCGGUUCCUGCCAAGGCUACGGGGAUCCACCCAAGACCAUUGCUGGCAAACAUGAGUUUCGUCAGGAAAAUCAGCCAACAAGGUCUGCAUUCGCGACGCCCACAGCACUCGCUCAAUCAUUGGCCCUUUCUGGCAAUGAGAACUCACAUACUUUGAUGCAACCAAUGAGUGCGAGAAUGUCUGCCACACAAGCCCACCCUUGCGAGGGGGAAGAUCAUCGGGAAGCGGCCCUCCACUCGAUUGAGGUGGAGGCGGCAAAUUUCGAAAAGUACGUCAACAUGGCGAUGUACGAGAUGCUCGCGAGCUCAGAGUCAGAGGAAUUCAAAGAUUUGGUGGAGUGAGAGCUACGAGUACCUUGCCCCUCGGAAGAGCGGAGCCAUGUCUCUCAACAAGCUCGUGGCUGACCAGUCGGAUGCGCUCCUUUGGCUGUCGAGUAUGGAAACAGUGGGCGGAGAGGCACGUCAGCUUGAAGGUGCAGCUACUGGCAUGCAAUAAUUCGUUCAGAUGGUAUGGUACAGUGCAGCAUACAUAAGAGGAAAGGCGUUGGUUGGGACAAUGUGCGAACACUCAACUUGUGCAGAUCCUGGCAAUGAAAUUGUCAAUGCGAAGUACUCAGUAGCAAACAGGAGAUGUAUCAGUAACUAUGUCAUGCUAGAUUUGUCAUGCUAGAUUUGGUUUGGUGCACUGCCUUAUAAUAACAGGCACAGUUGUGCCCACUGCCCAGCAGUUGUCCAGGG